CUCUCUCUCUCUCUCUCUCCAUCUGAAUACAGACAAUUUCAUCUCUCUGCAUCAGUAGGAUAAAGAAUUUCAAGAUUAUGAUGUCAUGCCGCCGCCGACUAACCGCCGGAUCGGCGGCGCCGCUGGAUUUCCACCGCGGGCAGAAGGAUUCCGCUUCGACGGUGGUGGAAGUCGUCUCCCUCCCUCUCAGAAGGAUUCGUAACCGUCACCUCCUCCAACCGGCAAUUUCACUGAGAGCGGUCUCGAGGAGGCGUUCGGAAUUGUUCCUCGCCGAGGCGGCGGUUGGCGGACACAGCAGAGGCGUGCGGGAGCGUCCGGACGGCGGAAACGAGGCGGCGGCGGAGGAGGAGGAGCUGCCGGCAGAGCCUCUCUCGUAUUCCGCCGUCGGGAAUCCAGCGGUGGAGGAGGAGGAUGAUUGCAGAGGAGAUCUGACGACUCACGAUGCUGCGCCGGCGGAGGCAGGGAUUGCGAGUCGGUUCGGGGAGAAGAAUCGAGCUGUGGAGGUGGCGAUUGCGGCGGCGGCGACGGUGGUGCUAGGGGUGGGGAAUCGGGUGUUGUAUAAGCUGGCCCUCGUUCCUCUCAAGCAUUAUCCCUUCUUUCUCGCGCAGCUCGCCACCGUCGGGUAUGUCCUUGUGUAUUUUACCAUAUUGCAUUUCCGGCACCGUGCUGGCAUUGUGAGCAAUGAGAUGCUUUCGUUGCCUAAAGGUCCAUUCAUUCUUGUUGGAAUCUUGGAGGCUCUUGGAGCUGCUACUGGAAUGGCAGCAGCAGCAAACCUUUCUGGAGCAUCGAUUCCAGUUAUAUCUCAGACCUUCCUUGUGUGGCAGAUUUUUAUGUCAGCUGUCUUCCUUGGAAAGAGAUACAAAAUCAAUCAAUUACUAGGGUGUUUCCUUGUUGCUAUUGGUGUCAUUAUAACUGUAGCCAGUGGAUCUAGUGCUGGCCAUUCGUUGAAAGAAGCCGGUAUUUUUUGGAGUCUUUUAAUGAUACUCUCGUUUCUGUUCCAAGCUGCCGAUACUGUACUCAAGCGGUUUGCUAAUGCUGACGCCUGA